CACUUGCUCAACAGUUUUCAGACACUUUGGCAGUAGUUCCUUCAACAACUUUUAAAGCAGCAGAAACAGCACAGCAGGAAGCAAAAACAGUAAACUUCAACCAUGAGAAGCUCAAGAAAGGGCAGAAGAGCUUUUAUACCUGAUCCAUCGGCUAAAGAAGGUGUGUUCGGUAUUGGCCGGGGCCCGUGCACACAAAACAGUGCAGCACUGUGCAAUGCUUGCUCUCAGCGCCCACACGCGCAGGGGCUCCACAGACACCCUGGGGGUUAUCGUCUCGGGGACUGGCAGCAGGAGAAGAAAAAGAAGCAGAAGCAGCAGGAGAAGCAAAAAAAGUAGGAGAAGUACAAAAGGAGAAGUACAAAAGGAGAAGUACAAAAGGAAAAGGAAGAAAAAUCAAGGACAGCGAUAGCAACUAAAUCAAUAUUAGUGUCUGGUGUUGGAGUGGGAUUUA